AUGACUAACACGAUCGAUGAAUAUGAUGUACUGGUUUACCCAGGAUUUCUUCGCAGAAACGUAGCAAAAUGGAAUGAAGACGGUAGUUUUGCACCCCUUGUACGCGCCCGCGGGUAUAAGGGCGAUACUUUCAUUUUACAGCUAAAAACGAACGAAGUGGACUGUGAUAUAACUGAAAUUGAAGCAAACCUCGGUCUGAAUGGGAAAAGAUUGAAUUCUACGCGGAAACCAAACAUAUGA